AUGUCAACAGAGCCCAAUUCGACACAGAUACGAUCAGCUUUAGAUCAAUUGACGUAUGUGAAGCGAAUACUAGAAGGAGAUCAGAAUCUGUCCCUAGAGGACCUGCUCUCGUCAGCGAAUGCUGCCCAAAUUCUUACAACAAACACAAAAGAAGAAGGAGAUGGCAUGAUUCCAACAGGUGGGUUGCAUGGGGCGGUGCCAGCUUUGUUGGAACCGUUAUCGAAGCCAAACUCAAUGCAGUUUGAACCACGAAAAUACCUCACCCUAGCAAAUAGCCUUGCCAGAAGAUUUGGAAGUGAAACGAAAGAAGCUGGACAAGCGGGAGAUGCAAUUGAGCUGGCAAGAGGAAUAGCAAGAGAUCACAGUACGCAGCUUGUCAAUAAAACAUCCAUACUAGAACAACGGAAACGACGGCGGCAGGAUGGCUCUUUGGGACUUUUGAGUGAGAGUACAUCCAACAUUCCCGAUACUUGGGAUCAAAGCAAGAAAAAGGGAGAGGGAAAUACUGCGAUGCCUCGAAUGUCUUACAAAUUCCCCGGUCAGGAUAGUAUACCUGACAUCCUUACCAAGAUUACUGACGCUCCAUCUGUGGAAAGCGCUUUGAGUGUAUGGAAAUCGACACUAUCAAACAUUGAUGCUGAAGCGGCUGCUUCGCUAUCGUACAGCACGCAAUGGCUACGAUCAGAUCUCAUCAGACUACGGAUCGAUAUGGAUCAAGUAGGAACAGCAAUCCUUUGGGCAUCCCUCCACCAAGGAGAUACACUCAAGCAUCCUAUUCAGCUUCAACGGAUAAAUAUCCUCGCCGAAACAGAGAUGCAACCAGAUCUGACAGCAGACAAUUCCCUACACCUCUCCGCCCAAUCCAGCUUUCCACUCUAUCGACAAUUGACCGCUCAAAUUCUUGCCAAAGUGCUGGACAAUACCUCCGAAAAUGAUAGCUGGAAGAUAUUGUUCUCUACACUAUUUGCCUUGGCUGGCCUUUGUCACUUGCAUGACCCAUUUCCCAACUUUCCCAGCAAUUUGUCUAACCAACCUUGUCGUGGUACUGUAGCCGUUUUGGGAGCAUUUGCUAAUUGGGAUAUAGGCGGAAUUUGA